AUGGAGGCAACCACAGUCGAUGAGGCCGUGUCAUCUCUCAAAGAGUUAUACGCCGAGGGCACAGAGCACUACACCCACUGGAAGAGGAAACGCACACUUGGGAAUCACUACUGUCGAAAAUCAUCAGAAUCGGGUGUUCGAAGGGAUAUCAUUACAUGUGCAUUGAGUAUCUCUUUGGAGCUUGCGAGGAAUCAGAUCGAGGAGACAUAUGACAUUGCGACUGUUCUCAUUGGGACCGACUUCUCCACUGGCGAUACACAAUGCCGGGAUAUGCUUUCCAACCAGCUGUUCAACCUCAGUAGUCGGGUAUCCCACCUACGCCGGGUCGCUUGCGACUCAAGCUUGAUCGGCCUUCUCAACAUCUCGGAUAUCAUACAGACAUCCGAGUCUGUCAGGAUCGCCUCAGUUCAGGCCCUCUCUGCCUUAUAUCACCGCCUUGCUGCCGGACGCCCAGAUAUCCCCGAGCACCUUCCCGUCCCCAAGCCCUACUCGCGGCAGACGAGGUCCAUCUCACGAAGCUCAGCUAGCUCGCCAGUCGACAACCACAGCAGCGUCUUUGAAGUUGAAGACGACAACGAAGACGACGACAUGUCAACAACCAUGACCAUCAGUACCGACCAAGCACCCUUCCAAUCAGAACCGCCCUCCCCUCCCCCAACACCACCAACACCGAAAGCCAUCGCCAGCGACGCCGUCUCCAUCUUCGCGCCCUCAGAGGCAGGCACAACCAGCACCACCGCCUCCGCCUUUCUCCGCCCCAAAGUAAGCGUCUUCAGCAUGUUCUGCCCAGAGGCCAUGACGCUGCAGGUCGACCUCUCCAAGCCGAUCCCCGAGGCACCGAAGCGAUGCAAGUGCGGGUACCGGUGGAAUCCGCUGCUACCCGGCAACAAGGACUACAUUGUCCUCAAGGACGGCUUCCGCAUGUCGAGCCGGUUCCUGGCCAAGUCGCACUCGGACAGAAAUGUCUUUGCGUGCUGUCUCUGCGUGCCGACGGGGACGACGGAUAAUUACGAGUCGGCGGAUGCGUUGAGGGCGCAUAUUAAUCUUUAUCAUCGCAAGUGGCAGAUUUUGCAUGAUCGGGAUAUUUACUAG